CUUGAGGAGCAAAAAAUUACUUUAAAUCAGGAAGUGAAUGAACUUCGCAAUAGUCUACGGGAAAGUGAAAAGGCUCGACUCGACAGUCGACGUGAAGUUCAGGAACUCCGCCGUCAUCGGAAGGAAAUUAGUUCAGAACGCGAUAAGCUCUCCGAAGAGGUAUUGGAGUUGCAAGCCACCGUAUCCAGAGACGAAGCUAAAGAAGAGGAUAGAAGAAGAGAGAACUUUGUUCUUAAGCAGCGCAUUGUAGAGCUAGAAAGCUCAAGGUAA